AUGACAAGUCUCGAAAAGAACCGCACAUUGCGCAUCCUGAACACUGCAGCGUCAGGCAAAUAUGGAGUGCUUGCAGCCAUUGCCUACAACGUCGAACAGCUCGAAGCACUCGUGGGCGCCGCUGAAGCAAAGCGCUCACCACUGAUCAUCCAACUGUUCCCCUCGACCCUCACACAGCUUCCUUUGCUGGCACACGCAGCUGCGCAUGCGGUCAAAACAGCGAAAGUCCCGCUGUCACUACAUAUCGACCAUGCGCAGAAUGAGGGGCAGAUCCGCGAGAUUAUCGCGACUCUACCGGUCGACUCCGUCAUGGUCGACAUGUCGCAUUACGAAGAGGCCGAGAAUCUCGAGAAGACGGAACGUCUGACAAAAGAGUGCCAUGCGAAGGGCAUCGCUGUAGAGGCCGAGAGUGGGAGGAUAAAUGGUGGUGAAGACGGCAUAGCAGAUACAGGCGACCUGGAGGCACUCUUCACAUCCCCCGAAGACGUGGACAAAUUCAUCGCUGCCGGCAUCGAUAUCCUCGCGCCCUCCGUCGGCAACGUGCACGGCGACUACGGACCCUCCGGUCCCGCAGAGGGGCAGAUCCACUUUGACCGCCUCGAGGCAAUCAAUAAGCAAAUCAACAAGCGCGUCCUAGUUGCGUUGCACGGCACAAAUGACUUCCCCGCGGCGGUCAUGGAGAGGUGCAUACGCGCUGGCGCGAUCAAGCUGAACGUUAACAAGUUGCUGCUGGAGGUUGGAAACGAGGUGCUGCGGAAGAACGCGGCGAGCACACCGCUGGUGAAGCUGAUUGAUCAGCAGAUGGACGCUAUACAAGCGGAGACGGAGCGGUGGAUGGACAUCUGCGGGAGCAGUGGGAAGGCAUGA